AUGAACUUUUAUUUAAAUGAAGCUCACCAAAGUACAAAUACACGGCGUCCACCAUUACAGAUUGUCAAGACAGAAGAGGAAUAUACGGAGGAGCAGCUGCCGUCGCAUCCUUGUUUAAAAUUGGUAGCUAAUUCCGAACAAGUGCUGUCAAAACUCACAGCCCGAAGACUCCUCACAUAUGAGAAGAUUAGUGAAGUGAAGCCUAAUAUGCAUUUAGAUUCUAAUAUUGGAACACAUAAUUUUAGGGAGAAGUAUUUUUCGAUGGGAGAAAUGACAAGACGGGAGAGGAAAGAGAAAAAAGCUGAAGAAAUCGCAACCAAUAUGUUAGGAAACAUGCUAAAUAUAUGUAAUAAUACA